UUUCAACCCGACGACAAGCGACGAUGGUUUGAGAUUGACAGUCUCUAAGCUCUUUACUCUCUCAUCCUAUUCCCGAUUCUCUUGCUCUCUCUCUCUUCCUUUCCCCCAAAGUCCUCCCUUUGUCACACAGACAGACAGAGACACACACACAAACACACACAUCAUGACAGCUUUUGAACAACCCCCCGCAUCGCAGCUCCCGCACCUCCGCCGCAGCAAUGGCAACACGCAGCUCAUCGUCAAGGGCAAGCCCUUCCUGAUGCUGUCGGGCGAGCUGCACAACUCGUCCCUCUCGUCGGCCCGCUUCAUGUCCGAGGUCUGGCCCGCCAUGAAGGCCAACCACGUCAACACGCUCCUGGGCGCCGUGACGUGGGAGGACAUCGAGCCCGUCGAGGGCCAGUUCAACUUCGCGGAGCUCGACGCCGUGCUGGCCGGCGCGAGAGAGCACGGCAUGCACCUCGUCCUGCUCUGGUUCGGCACCUACAAGAACGGCAUCUCGACGUACGCGCCGCACUGGGUCAAGCGCGACACGAAGCGCUUCCCGCGCGUCCAGUGCCUCGAGGCCGGCGGCGUCAAGCGGACCAUCGAGAUGGUCACCCCGCUCAGCGAGGAAGGCUGCGCGGCCGACUCGCGGGCCUUUGCCGCGCUGUGCAGGCACCUCGCGCAGGUCGACGCCGAGCACAACACGGUGCUCAUGAUCCAGGUCGAGAACGAGACGGGCCUGCUGGGCGACUCGCGCGACCGCUCCCACCGCGCUAACAAGGCCUUCGCCGAGCCCGUCCCCGAGGCCCUCCUGCGCCACCUGAGCGAGAGGUCGGCCGACCUGCACCCCAAGUUCAAGGCGCGCUUCGCCGACCCGCCGCCGCCGGCGACGGGCGGCGCGCACUACUCGUGGGAGGACCUCUUCGGCGCUGGCGCCUCGGCCGACGAGGCCUUCAUGGCGUACCACAUCUCGUCGUACGUCGGCCGCGUCGCCGCCGCGGGGAAGAAGGAGUACGACAUCCCGUUGUACACCAACACGUGGCUCAACUUUGACGACCCGUCCGACCUCGACCUCCGCGGCGUGCCCAUCGUCGUCGGCGGCGGCGCCGAGCCCGGCGUCUACCCCUCGGGAGGGCCCUGCCCGCACGUGCUCGACAUCUGGCGCUACAACACCAUCUUCACACCGCACAAGUCGCUCGACUUCCUGGCGCCCGACCUGUACUUCCACAACUACGAGGCCGUGUGCCGGGACUACACGGCGCAGGGGAACCCGCUCUUCAUCCCGGAGCAGCGGCGCGACGAGAACGGCGCGCGGCGGGUGUGGCUCUCGUACGGCACCUACGGUGCGUUGGGCGCGAGCCCGUUCGGCAUCGACACGGGCGCCGAGGUCGUCGGCCGCGAGUUCAAGCUGCUGUCGCAGGUGGCGCCGUACCUGCUCGCGGCGCGGCCCGAGGACCGCAUGGGCUUCUUCUUCGACGAGGAGGUCGACACGGCCGGCAAGGGCGAGAGGUGGACGCGGGUCUUUGGCGACAUCGAGGUCAUCGUCGAGCGCGCCUUCGUCUUCGGCAAGCCGGGCCCGGGCGGCGGGCUUGUCAUCCACCUCGGCGGCGCCAAGUUCCUCGCUGUCGGUCGCGGGUUCAACGUCCGCUUCCGCAGCGUGCGCAAGGAGGCGACGUUCACGGGCAUCCUGGCGGCGGAGGAGAAGGAGGUGGGCGAGGACGGCGCGCUGCGGACGCUGAGGGUGCUCAACGGCGACGAGACGCGCAGUGGCGAGUUUCUCAUCAUGCCCAACGACGACCCGGACUACGGCGGGUUCCCCAUCGCCGUGACAGUGCCGGCGCGGACGUGCAUCGCCGAGAUCGAGGCCUACUGGGUCGCCGAGGACGAGGCGGAUCGAUGAGGUUGGUGGUGGUGGUGUUGUGUGUUGGAGAGGGUAAAUUAUCAGGGCCAGCAGCUCGGGAAACAGGUGGUGCCGGUUAUGGCUAGAGGUAUUACGGCCGAUACAUAGAAGACUGUACAAGAAUACGAAUGACUUGACGACAAGGUUGGCUCUCCCUAUCAUGGCUCUUCUGUGGCGCAAAAUACGCCGCAGUCCUAGAAGCUAGACGCUUAGAGUGUCUGUAUAAGGAUUGUGUGGACAUGGGAAGUUAUGACCAGACAGGAGCUUUGAAGGUAUUUAUUUUUUGAGUAACAAACAGAAUAACAUGAAUUUCGUUG